CACAUAUACAUGAACCUGCCCGGUCGCCAUGUUGGCUCAAGCUGUUAUAGAGGCAGCGGUUCCGAUUGACCAAUACACAGGGACCAAGCAAGCGCUUUUCUCUGCGAAAUGGUCCUCACCAGCUUACUGUCGGUCGAGGCGAAUCUCGCGAUCGUGUAUGUAGGCCUGUCGGUGGGAACAUGCUUGCUUUGCUGCGGGAUGACCUCGAAAUCUGGUUCGGGAAGUAUGCGCGCGGGGAUGGUACUGCUCACCGCAUUGGGCGCGGUGGUCAACUAUCGCUAUGGCAUACGCGAUGUCGAGGAGACGAUCGCCUUCUUCAACUCAAUGUAUGAUCCUUUCUACCUCGCUUUUGCUGGCUAUGACCUCGAUUCCUAUCCCGGGCUCGCUCGCUGCCAUGUCAACAACACGUGCUCCCUACUCUCUUACGGGUACCAUGCAUCCUGGGCCGUGGCCUUUCAUCGCCGGUUCACCGAGGGGGCCAUGGCUGGCUUCAACUGCGCCAGGCUGUACAGCCACGUGUGGAUGAACACCACCGCAUUUAUUAUUUGCUUGGUCCAGUUCCACGAGCCCACGCGCCGCAAGUACCUCUGGAUACACAAGAAGCUCGGAUGGGCGGCGAUCUCUCUUGUGACAGUUGGUACAGCAAGUGCGCUUUGGCUUGGCUCGGAGCAUGGUUCUGAGGAGAUGUAUGGCGCCAAUUAUGCCGUUGCAGGUUGGUUCUCCAUGGCGGCAACCAUGUUCGGCAUGUUGAUCCCUGGCGUGUGGACCAUCCUCCGCAAGGAUGUUGCCUCGCACAGGAAGUGGAUGACUCGCUUCUACGGCGCCAUGUGGGGAGCCUUCCUGGUGUUCCGGAUCAUCUUUCUCUUUGGAGGAUUUUUUCGUUGGCACCGAAUUUUGAUCAUCCAGCUCGCGGUGUGGACCUCUGCGCCGCUCGGCGUCCUUUGUGCUGAGUUUUGGCGAGUGCGCUCGCUGGGAGCCAGCAAGAACAGUGACAAAUCGGUGUGAGUGCGUUCUGAGCUUGAGUCUGAGGCAGGUGGUCUUGCCUGUUGCUCCACCGUCUUUGCGUCAUGUGCUCCGCACGCAUGGACUUGCAAUUUGCAACAAUCCUACAGAGUUCGGCUUGGUGCGGUCGCCCCGUCACAGCGCCUCUCUGCGCGGAGGCUCAGGCACUGAACAUGCCCGCUCGAUUGGCAAGCUUGCCAAAGAGUGCGAGCCCCCCACACGCACGGGGCUCGAAUAUGUGAAGGCUCUGGAAAAAGGACGUGCCCCAGGCCACACCAAGCUGGCGAGGGAGAUCAACGUCCUGAGGUGAUCGUGGAGACAAAGCGCAGAGGCUAUUCUAAUCUGAAUCUCCUCCUCCUCCUCCUCUUCCUCCUCCUCCUACUCCUCCUCCUCCUCCUCCUCUUCCUCCUCUUCCU